AUGGCGGUAAACCUGGACAAGGAGGCUUACUACCGCCGAAUAAAGCGACUGUACAGCAACUGGAAGAAAGCUGAAGAUGAAUUUGGAAAAGUGGAUGCCAUCGUUGUUUCUGUUGGAGUUGAUGAGGAAAUUGUCUAUGCCAAAUCCACAGCCAUACAAACUUGGCUGUUUGGCUACGAGCUGACGGACACAAUUAUGGUGUUCUGUGAGUCAAAGAUCAUUUUUCUUGCCAGUAAAAAGAAGGUGGACUUCCUCAAACAGGUGGCCAUCACAAAAGGCAACGAAAAUGCCAACGGAGUCCCCCCCAUCACCCUCCUCACCAGAGAAAAGAAUGAAAGUAACAAGGCCAACUUUGACAAGAUGAUUGAGGCGAUCAAAGGCUCCAAAGAGGGGAAGUCUGUAGGCGUCUUCCUCAAGGACAAGUUUCCAGGAGAAUACAUGAAGAGCUGGAAUGACAAACUGUCUGCUGAUGGGCUCGAGAAGGUGGACAUCAGUGCCGUAGUUGCCUAUACAAUGGCAGUGAAGGAAGACCAGGAGCUUAACCUGAUGAAGAAGGCUUCGGCCAUCACCAGCGAAGUCUACUCCAAGUUCUUCAAGGAGCGAGUCAUGGAGAUCGUUGACGCAGAUGAAAAAGUGCGCCACAGUAAGCUGGCAGAGUCUGUGGAAAAGGCCAUUGAGGAGAAGAAAUACCUGGGAGGAGCUGACCCGUCCACUGUGGAGAUGUGUUAUCCUCCCAUCAUCCAGAGCGGAGGGAACUACAGUCUGAAGUUCAGCGUGGUCAGUGAUAAAAACUACAUGCACUUUGGAGCCAUCACUUGCGCCAUGGGGAUCCGCUACAAGUCGUACUGUUCCAACCUGGUGCGCACACUCAUGGUUGACCCCACGCAAGAAAUGCAGGACAACUACAACUUCUUGCUCCAGGUGGAAGAGGAGCUGCUCAAGGAACUCAAGCACGGGGUGAAGAUCGCCGACGCCUCCAAUGCUCUGUUUGAAUUUGUGAAGAAGGAAAAGCCUGAGCUGGUCUCAAAGCUCACAAAGAACCUGGGGUUUGCCAUGGGGAUAGAGUUCAGAGAGGGAUCGCUGGUGCUCAAUAGUAAAAACCAGUACAAGCUCAAAAGAGGGAUGGUGCUGAAUAUCAGUCUGGGCUUCACUGAUUUGUUGAACAAAGAGGGAAAGAAAGAUGAGGACAAGAAAUAUGCGCUGUUCAUUGGAGACACUGUUCAGGUCAACGAGGUGAGUACUUUCCCCACAGCACCUCAAUCACUGUGCUAA